CGGAUAAUUCACAAACUACACUAUUAUCCGUGUGGUUUAAUCUUUAUAUUAUCUUUCCUAUUCAGGUAUACUGUAUAUAAGUUUGUAUGUCGUAGAGAUGCCUACAAUGAAUGGAACUACAGCAAGUUAAGGCUAUGGCAGCUGACAGAUUAUGACAAGAUCAUUUUCAUCGAUACAGAUUUGCUUAUACUUAGGAACAUCGAUUUCUUGUUCAGAAUGCCAGAAAUAUCUGCAACAGGAAACAAUGGCACACUUUUUAACUCGGGAGUGAUGGUUAUUGAGCCUUCGAAUUGCACAUUCCAGAUUUUGAUGGAUCACAUAAACGAGAUUGAGUCAUACAACGGGGGAGAUCAAGGACACUUGAAUGAAAUCUUUACGUGGUGGCAUCGGAUUCCUAAACACAUGAACUUCUUGAAACAUUUCUGGUAUGGUGAUGAGGAAGAGAUAAAACAAAAGAAAACUCGCCUUUUUGGCGCGGAGCCUCCAAUCCUCUAUGUACUUCACUAUCUUGGUGUAAAGCCAUGGCUGUGCUUCAAAGACUAUGAUUGUAACUGGAACAUCGAUAUAUUUCAGGAGUUUGCAAGCGACGUAGCUCACGAAAGGUGGUGGAGACUGCAUGAUGCAAUGCCAGAGCAGUUGCAUAAGUUCUGCAUGUUGAAAUCAAAACAAAAGGCACAGCUAGAAUACGAUCGAAGGGAAGCCGAGAAAGCAAACUACUCAGAUGGACAUUGGAGAAUCAAAGUUGAGGAUCCACGUUUGAAGAAAUGCAUAGACAAUUUAUGCUCCUGGAAGAGCAUGUGACGACACUGGGGCGAGACGAAUUGGACAGAUGAUGUGUUUGCUGCAACACCACCUGCAAUCAGCAUAGCAGCUCUAUCUGGCUAGUGAGUAUUCUCUUCUAAUAAUUGCUCAGACAAUUCAUGUUUCUGAUAUGUAAAUGACACAGACAUUUUGAAGAAACGAGUUCA